CCCGGGGGCCCCCCCGGAGCCGCGGGCGGGCGCCGCGAGGCGCGGGGGAGGAGAGCGGGUGGGGCCGGAUGUCGCAGCUGCUGCUGCGGAGCCGCGGGCUGCUGCUGCCGUCCGUGGAGCACCCCGCUGCAGCACAAGCCACGCCCUUCCGGCUGAACCGGUACCUGCUGCUGGGGGUCUACAUGCUGUACACGCUGCUGACCUCCUGCGUCUACUUCGGCUGGGGGCCCCUCAGCAGCAUGCUGUACAAAGCGGGGGUUUCGCUGUGGCUGUGCAGCACGGAGGAGCAGAGCGAGGCGCAGCUGAGCGAGCAGCCCGUGUGCAGGGCCCAAGACACGAGUGUGCAGAACCUCUUCACCAUUUGCUACGCGAGUCACUUCAUAGUUAGCGCAGCAGCGGGGCUGCUGGUGGACACUGCGGGCCCGAAGGUGACUGCGCUGCUGGGCCAGACCCUCAACAUCUGUGGCUGGGUCUUUCUGGGGGCCAGCAACGCCUCCUUCAGGGCCGUGGUGCCUGCCUUCGUGCUCAUUGGCGCCGGCUCGGACUUGUGCUUUAUUCCAGUUUUGUGCAUUGCAAACUUGUUUCCUGGAAGUGUGGGGUUUGCCCUCACGGCCUUGGGCGUGGCUUCUUCGCUGAGCUUCGCUGUGCCGCUGGUGCUGCGCGCUGUACAGACAGCUGGCGUCAGCUUCCGCUGGGUCUGCUGGGGCUACGCAGUCCUCGGGCCUUGCUUUUGCUUCAUAAUUGUUUCUCUUUUUGUUCCUUUGGGGGGUUUCAUUCAAGUCGACAUGUUUGUUCUUGUUCGCUCGCCCCCCAGACGCCCCAACUUGCCUGCUGCUUCUCCCCCCGAGGGCCCCCGCCGCCGCAGCUGUUCGCCCGAGGCCGAGGCCCGCGCCGUGGCCCUCGCUUCGCCCGCGCCCACCAGCAGCAGCAGCAGCAGCAGCGGCAGGAGCAGCAGGAGCAGCAGGGGCAGCAGCAGCAGCAGGAGCCGCUCCCUCUCCUUCGUGUCCCCCAUUCCCGACGUCGACGAACUCAGCAGCGUCACCGACGACUCCUUCUUCAAGCCUUUUCACCGCGAGGCUCUGACUUUCCUUUAUGUGGGAGUUUGUCUUUACUUCGGAGUCUGCAGCAUUGCCAUCAAUUACUACCAACAAGCAGCAAACCAGUUUCUCCUCGAAGAUGCCAGAGAGGCCCUCAACAUUGCCAUUCCCCUCUCCACUCUCCCCACGCUUUUCCUCGGCAGGCUGGCGGACUUUGUGCCGAUAGUGUACAUAAUGCUGGUGGUGAACACGGCGGGGGCACUGUCUUACGGGCUGGCGAUAUCUCGGGGUUUGGUUGGCGACAUGGUGUCGGUGUGUUGCUUUUCAGUUUACAUUUCAAUGUUUUCAUCUCAAGUUUACAUUUACAUCAAAGACAUGUUCACUUCCGUGAACUACGGGAGGCUGGUGGGAGUGGCCAGCAUGGUGGGGGGUUGCCUUUCGCUGCUGAGCAACGAGCUGUACAAACACUACACAGACGUCCCGGACACUGCAGCAGCAGAGGCCGUCAUGUGGGGUGUCUUCGGCACUGUCUGCGGGGCUUAUUUGCUGCUGCUGCCCAUGCUGCUGCUCUCUAAGAAAAGGUAUCCCUACAGACACGGUGGCGACUUCGUCGAGCUUGUUGCAGUGGCUCAAGCACGCACCCGCCCCCGCUCCCGCAGCAACAGCAACGCAGCCCCAGCCCACAAGCCCCGGAACGCCAGCAGCAGCAACAGCAGCAGCAACAACAGCAACAGCAGAGGCGCAACAACACGCAAACCCACCUAG